CGGCUGGCUGCUCAGGGCAGGAACCGCGUCCCCAGGCUUCCCUCCACGCAGGCGUACUGACGCGACCCCGCUUCCGGCGGCCCCUCCCCCGCAGUCCGCGAAAAGUGGCGCGCAGGCUGCGGGCCCCCGCCGGCCGGAGAGGUUUCUGGGUUGGAUCGGACCAAGUCCUGAUGGCCGGGGGACGGCGUGAGACCAGGGACACGCACGGCUCAGACUUUCUGAGGGACCAACGCGAUUAACUACGCUACUCUCAUCACCUACGCCUUGGGAGCGGGAAAAUAACGGAGUCUCCCACGUGCAGGGAAAAGCAGCGAUCCUGACCUCUGCCGCGGAGAAUUAACCCCAGUCCCUUGACUCCAUAGCUCCGCCCCCGUCCCGUGUCCUAGCUGAUUGGCCCGGAGCUGGAGGGCGCCGCCGCAGUAGCGAGAUACUAGCCGGCGGGGAAGGAGGAGGCAGUCUGUAGCUCGAGCCUGUGAGGCGCUCUAUAGCGGAGCGGACAGCUGGUUGGCGCUUGGACCACGCCGCAGCAGCAGGUCCCUCCACGUGCUUUCGGCGGCGCCAUGGAACUGGAGGAGUCGGGGAUCCGUGAGGAAUGUGGUGUGUUCGGGUGCAUCGCUUCUGGAGACUGGCCCACGCAGCUAGAUGUGCCACAUGUGAUCACUCUGGGACUCGUGGGGCUUCAGCACCGAGGUCAGGAGAGCGCUGGUAUUGUGACCAGUGAUGGGAGUUCAGUGCCUAAAUUCAGGGUGCAUAAGGGAAUGGGCCUUGUAAAUCAUGUUUUUACCGAAGACAAUUUGAAGAAAUUGUAUGUCUCAAAUCUUGGAAUCGGACAUACGCGGUACGCCACCACAGGGAAGUGUGAGCUGGAAAAUUGCCAGCCGUUUGUUGUUGAGACUCUGCAUGGGAAAAUAGCUGUGGCCCAUAACGGAGAGCUGGUGAACGCAGCUCGGCUGAGGAAGAAGCUUCUGCGGCAUGGUAUUGGGCUUUCCACAUCCUCCGAUAGUGAAAUGAUUACCCAGUUACUCGCAUAUACCCCUCCUCAGGAACAAGAUGAUACUCCAGACUGGGUAGCAAGAAUUAAGAACUUAAUGAAGGAAGCGCCCGCAGCCUACUCCCUGGUCAUAAUGCACAGGGACGUCAUUUACGCAGUGCGAGAUCCAUACGGAAAUCGUCCUCUAUGCAUCGGCCGUCUUAUGCCAGUUUCUGACAUAAAUGACAAAGAGAAAAAGUCUUCAGAGACUGAAGGAUGGGUGGUGUCCUCAGAGUCUUGCAGCUUUUUAUCUAUUGGUGCGAGAUAUUGCCAUGAAGUGAAGCCUGGGGAAAUUGUAGAAAUAUCCAGACAUGGUGUCAGAACUCUUGAUAUAAUUCCAAGGUCUAAUGGAGACCCAGUGGCUUUUUGUAUCUUCGAAUAUGUUUAUUUUGCAAGACCAGAUAGUAUGUUUGAAGACCAGAUGGUUUAUACGGUAAGGUACCGGUGUGGCCAGCAGCUGGCAGUUGAAGCACCAGUGGAGGCGGACCUGGUCAGCACAGUUCCAGAAUCUGCCACGCCUGCGGCCCUGGGGUAUGCGACAAAGUGUGGGCUGCCAUAUGUGGAGGUGCUGUGUAAGAACCGGUAUGUAGGAAGAACCUUCAUUCAGCCAAACAUGAGGCUAAGACAACUUGGGGUUGCAAAGAAAUUCGGCGUGUUGUCUGACAACUUUAAAGGCAAAAGAAUUGUUCUCAUAGAUGAUUCCAUUGUGAGAGGCAAUACUAUCUCACCCAUCAUAAAACUCCUCAAAGAAUCCGGUGCAAAGGAGGUACACAUUCGAGUCGCUUCGCCACCAAUAAAACAUCCGUGCUUCAUGGGAAUAAACAUUCCUACAAAAGAAGAGCUUAUAGCCAAUAAGCCCGAAUUUGAGUAUCUUGCAGAGUACCUUGGAGCAAACAGCGUUGUGUAUCUGUCAGUGGAAGGACUAGUUUCGUCUGUGCAACAAGAAAUAAAGUUCAAGAAGCAGAAAGUUAAAAAGCGUGAUAUCACAAUUCAAGAAAAUGGAAAUGGUCUGGAGUAUUUUGAGAAGACGGGACACUGUACGGCUUGCCUCACUGGCCAGUACCCUGUGGAUCUGGAAUGGUAGCUGCCUGGACCGAUGUGCUGCUUCCAGACUGAAAGGUCAUCAAGAAGUGGUUUACAUGUGUUCCUCAGUUGGUACAAAAUGGACACCACUUGCUUAUGUAUUAUACCUUAAGUUUUGAGAUUUUCUGAGGUCACUGAAUUGCUAUAAUUGAAUCAUAAAGAUUACAUGUAAUGCGACAUGUGGGGAUUCUUUUUGUAUAAGGACUGACUUUUCACCCAAGAGAAGGCAGGAAGUGGCAUUUCCCAGACCCAUGCUUGAAUGGUUCUAAAGAGGUGAGAUAGGGAGGUUGUGUGCCCAGGACAGGAAGCUUUAUAAAGUUUCAUGAAAAGCUUGAAUUCAUUGUGCCCCAUAUGUAUCUAGUCUAUGCAGUCAAGUCUGCAGUUAUGGCCUUGGUCUUUGAUUCUUCCACCCCAUACACACAUGUAUGGCUCUGGGGACCAGUGUACAACUCCUAAAAAAUGAAAACCUAUGUGGAAAGCUGAGGCAGGAGAGUCCUGAGUUCAAGGCCAACCUGGGUUUUCCUGUCUCAAGAUAAAGAACCUCUUUCUGUGCCUCGGACUCCACAUCUGUUUCCUAAGUCAUUCAUAAACUUAAUGCUUAGCGGGAACUUGUGUGUUUGUCUGGGAGGCUUAGAGCUGCCGUUUUACCCCUGCUUCUUUACCAUGCAUGGUCAGUAGCUUCAGAAGCUAAUGGUAAUUAGCUUUCACUAAAUUAGUUUUCAGUUUCCUUGUGAUGGAGGUUUGCAGACCUUUUCCAUCUCUUUGGGAUAUACCAGAACGACUGAGAAAUCUAUCUGGAGCCCUGUUUUUCUACACUUGACAGAAAAUAUUUAGCCUAGCAAAUAACUUAGUAAGUACAUUGGAAAGAGAAAAUUUUAAUUUCAAGUAAGCCUUUAUCCUUGAUUUGAUUAAACUUGGCUGUUUGAAUGAGUGCUUGAUCAUUUACAGAACUGUGUACUUGUAUACAUGUAUGCAUUUGGUUUAAACAGAGGGAAUAGAGACACAGUAGGGCCGAUUUUGUUUAAAGGCUGAGGGGACAGCCACUGUUUGGGGAAUUAGAUUGCCUGUACCCAAGCGUUAGCUCAUGAUCAUGUUUUUUCUAAUUUUUUUUGUUAGGUCUAGUGACAUUUUUAAUUUUUUUAUGAUGCAGAUUUAGUGGAUUGAGGUGAUUUACUAACUCCUGUUUGUGUGGGAUUUUUCACAUGGAAAAAUAAUUGUCUCUAUAUUGCCAAAAUUUGCUACUUUCCAAACCCACUUAGAAAUAUAAUAUUUAUUAAAAACUGAAAUCAUUAGUCCACAUUUGGUAUAUAGUGUGGUGUGUCACAUAUGGCAGGUCAAAAUAAACUGUUAGGACUUCGAGGUCAUGUGCUGCGUGCGGUGCCUGAGGUUGUCCUGUGGCAUAGACACAGGCUGGCCUUUCACAGCCCUGGGGCCAUUUUAGUGGGUGCAACCUCCUGUGUUACAUGCAUUGUGUGUAAUGGCGGCGUGGAGGGGUAAGGCCGUUAGGUCAGUUUUUAAAUGGCCUUAUUUAAAUUUGAUGUUUUACAAAGAAACUCAGGGAAGGUACUACAACCAAAAUCUCUAAUUUGACUUUUGUGUUCCACAGUUUUUAUUUUGUUUUAUUGGAAUACUUUUAUAAAGGGAAAUAAUAACCAUGGUCGUUUGUACAACUUUCUUAAUUAUUUCUUCAUUGUUACCUUUUAUUUUACAAGUUUCUGAAUAUGGAUUAAAUUAACAUUUUACCAGUUUCAAGCCUUAUUUUAUCUGCUUUAAAUGUAUAUAACUAGAGUACUAUAUGCUGAAAAGAUGAAAAAUGUGUUUGAAGACAGUUAACGUCCUAAACUAAUGUAAGCCUACUUUUUGUUUUGUAUGUGCCUGUGUGGUUUUUUGUUUUUUUGCAACAAAUAUAUGUAAUAAACGUGU